ACAUUAGCUGUAAUGGGGAAGAACCUGAAGGAGGCCAUGAAGAUGCUGGAGGAAGGACAGAGGAGAACAGAGGAGGAAAAUGAAAGGAAGCCCCCAUCAGGCGAUAUUCCGGGGCCUCUCCAGGGCAGUGGACAGGAUAUGGUGAGCAUCCUCCAGUUAGUUCAGAAUCUGAUGCACGGAGAUGAAGAUGAGGAGCCCCAGAGUUGCCGAAUCCAGAGUGUUGGAGAGCAAGGUCACAUGGCUUUGUUGGGACAUAGUCUGGGUGCUUAUAUUUCUACUCUGGACAAAGAGAAGCUGAGAAAACUUACAACGAGGAUACUUUCGGAUACUACCUUGUGGCUCUGCCGGAUUUUCAGGUAUGAAAAUGGCUGUGCUUAUUUCCACGAAGAAGAGAGAGAAGGCCUUGCUAAGAUCUGCCGGCUUGCCAUUCACUCUCGAUACGAAGACUUUGUCGUGGAUGGAUUCAAUGUGUUAUAUAACAAGAAGCCGGUCAUCUAUCUUAGCGCUGCUGCUAGACCUGGCCUGGGCCAGUAUCUUGGUAAUCAGCUUGGCUUGCCUUUCCCCUGCUUGUGCCGUGUCCCCUGUAACACUAUGUUUGGAUCCCAGCAUCAGAUGGAUGUUGCCUUCUUGGAGAAACUGAUUAAAGAUGAUAAAGAACAAGGAAGGUUGCCCCUGGUGCUUGUUGCAAAUGCUGGAACUGCCGCAGUAGGACACACAGAUAAGAUUGGGCGUUUGAAAGAACUCUGUGAGCAGCAUAGCAUGUGGCUUCAUGUGGAAGGUGUGAACCUGGCAACGCUGGCUCUAGGUUAUGUCUCCUCGUCAGUGCUGGCAGCAACCAAGUGUGACAGCAUGACUUUGACUCCGGGCCCUUGGCUGGGUUUGCCAGCUGUGCCUGCGGUUACGCUGUACAAACACGAUGACCCUGCCUUGACUUUAGUUGCUGGUCUCACAUCCAACAAGCCAGCAGACAAACUCCGUGCCUUGCCACUGUGGUUAUCUUUACAAUACUUGGGUCUUGAUGGGAUUGUGGAAAGAAUAAAACAUGCUUGUCAACUGAGUCAACGGUUGCAGGAAAAUUUGAAGAAAGUGGACCACAUCAAAAUCUUGGUGGAAGAUGAACUCAGUUCCCCGGUAGUGGUGUUCCGAUUUUUCCAGGAAUCACCAGCCUUAGAUCCAGGCCUGAAAGCUGUACCAAUGCCCAACCUAACACCUUCAGCAGUCAGCCAGGAGAGGCUGUCCUGUGAUGCCCUGAAUCGCUGGCUGGGAGAAGAGUUGAAGCAGUUGGUGCCGGCAAGCGGCCUUACCAUUAUGGAGCUGGAGACGGAGGGCGUGUGCAUACGCUUCAGUCCACUGAUGACGGCCGCAGUUUUAGGAACUCAGAACGAGGAUGUAGAUCAGCUUGUAGCCUGCAUAAAAAGCAAGCUGCCGGUCCUGACGUGUACACUACAGCUGAGAGAAGAGUUCAGGCAGGAAGUGGAAGGAACGGCUGGCCUCUUGUACGUGGAUGACCCUAACUGGCCUGGAAUCGGUGUUGUCAGGUAA